AUAGUUAUGAACGACUGCAUCAUCCGUGGGGACCUGGCGAACGUGCGGGUCGGCCGGCACUGCGUGGUGAAGAGCCGCAGCGUCAUUAGACCGCCCUUCAAGAAGUUCAGUAAGGGGGUGGCCUUUUUCCCUCUCCACAUUGGUGACCACGUCUUCAUCGAGGAGGACUGCGUUGUCAACGCAGCCCAGAUCGGCUCCUACGUGCACAUAGGCAAGAACUGUGUCAUCGGCCGUAGGUGCGUUCUGAAAGACUGCUGCAAAAUCUUGGACAACACAGUGCUACCUCCUGAAACAGUGGUCCCACCAUUCACAGUCUUCUCGGGCUGCCCAGGUCUCUUCUCUGGGGAACUCCCGGAGUGUACCCAGGAGCUCAUGAUCGACGUGACAAAGAGCUAUUACCAGAAGUUCUUACCGCUCACUCAGGUCUAG